AUUUCAUUCCCUACCUAUCCUUGACCUAUCCGCUCCCUAUCCGUCAUCAUGACGAAGAUUCUACAUUUAUUGCUCGCCAGCGUUCCUUUCGCGUUUGCACACCAUACACCAUUGAAAGCUCGACAAAUUUCCAAGUCUCUGCUCUCUGACGACUCAGAGGUUGUUGCUGCUUCGUGGUAUCCGAGCUGGCUGGGAACAAAAGUUCCACCGGAGUCGCUCUCUUGGGACAAGUACACUUCGGUGACCUUCGCCUUCGCGCUGACGACAUCCGACCCAGGUGCUGUCUCAAUUGAUAGUGAUGGCCUUGUCCUUCUACCCAAAUUCGUCGCGCAGGCCAAGAGUCAUAACGUCAACGCAUUGAUCACCAUUGGUGGAUGGACCGGUUCCCAGUUCUUCUCGUCCAACGUGGCGACGGCGGCCAACCGAACAAUUUUUGUGAAAACUUUGACUCAGCUGGUGACGAAGUACCAACUUGAUGGUCUUGACUUUGAGUGGGAAUACCCUAAUCAGUCCGGCAUUGGCUGCAAUGUCAUGUCACCCAGCGACUCCGCAAAUUUCCUCUUAUUCCUUCAAGAACUCAGGCUGGACCCUGUGGGCUCGAAGCUCAUAAUCUCAGCUGCAGCCGGCAUAACUCCCUUUACUGGAAGCGAUGGCAAACCCAUGUCUGAUGUCUCAGCUUUUGCCGACUCCCUUGAUUGGAUUUCUCUCAUGGUUUACGAUGUCUGGGGCUCGUGGUCCGAUGUCGUCGGCCCCAAUGCUCCCUUGGCAGAUUCAUGCGCCGCUGCUAACUUACAGCAGGGCUCUGCCGAGUCCGCAGUCGCAGCAUGGACGGCUGCCAAAUUCCCCAUCGACAAGCUUGUACUUGGCGUCGCCGCAUACGGACACAGCUUUAGUGUCAGCAAGAACAUUGCAGUUGUAAACUCACAACUCGCUCCUUACCCCACUUUUGUCAAAUCGCCCCAAACACCAGGGGAAGGUGAGACUGCUGACACCAAGACCACGGACUCGUGUGGUGUCACCAGUGGUCCCACCGGCGUUUUCAGUUUUGAGGGUCUAGUUACUGCUGGCUAUCUGACAAGCACGGGAUCACCUGCAUUUAAUAUGCUGUCCAGGUUCGAUAACUGCAGUCAAACUCCCUAUGUCUAUAACCCAUCGACGUCGGUCGAAAUCUCCUAUGAUGACGCUAAAAGCUUCGCUGCGAAAGGCUCGUUCAUCAAAGAGAAGGCACUCAAAGGAUUCGCCAUGUGGCACGCUGCCGGGGACUACAAGGACAUCCUCCUGGAUUCGAUCAUUGCUGCGAUCGGAAUAGUGGAGUGCUGAACCUGACCAUCUUUUAGAGUCAGUGGCCCAACUAUACUACGAUACUAUUCAUGUAAUAAAUACUUGUGGUACAUUGUACCACAUGCAAUCAUCAC